UGUAUAAAAGAAAGAUUAGAUUAAUAUAUAGCGAUAAAAUACAUAGUUUACAAUUUUACCAUAGACAUGACAUUGAUUGAGUUGCGAUUCUCAGUGAGACGACUUCGAUCAAAGUUUAAUUAAAUCCUACUCACUAGUCAAUUAAAGUUUGAUUAAACUUGAUCGCCGAAGUCACCCUGAAGGAUAUAUUAUAUAUCGAAGAAGCUUAUUUCGCAGUUCGUCUCGUUGACGGUAAAAAAAAAAACAUACAACUCGCUAAAAGAUUUCGUGAAGCGGAAUUGGACUUAGGUGGCGUUUCGCGUUCGUCGCUCUCGCCAGCGGUCGUUCUCCACGUUCUCCUCGAUUUCCAUUCCACCGAUCUUCGGCACCUAGGAAGUUUCUUCCGCACAUGCUGCCGCCUGCCGCUCCGCGGUCGCGUUAAACCGCUGAUCGAGUAUCUGCUUCGUCGAGUGAUGGGGAACACGCGUCGCGACGAAGAAAGAUGCGGGGUGCCAGGAAAAAAAAGAAAGCCAGCCGUUGAGUAGUCACCAGGUCGAGCAUGCGGUCAGUCGAGAGAGACGUUGCGUCGGUUUUCGCGAAUAAUCGGCACGUAUAUAUACCUAUACAUCUACGUGUAUUGAGAAGGAAAAAGAAAGGGAGAGGGAGAGAGAGCGAACGAACCGCGCGGCGGCGAGUUGGGCGCGUUACGUCGUCGAUGUGUGCGACCAGGUGAUUGAAGAAACACUCCCUCCCUUCUCUCUCUUUCGUUCACACACUCUCUCUCUCUCUCCCUCUCUCCCACCCUCGUGCUAUCUCUCUCUCUUUCUCCCCCCCUCUCGCACCUAUUCCGACUCACACACUCUCUCUUCGGUAUAUAACCUCAAACCGUCGGCGAGUUCGUGUCGCGUCGUCCGACGUUCCGCGCCGUGUAUGUUUUCGGUCACGGCUGAACCGAGUUCCGGAUGUGCGUGGCGCGGUUCCUGCCAUCGCAGCGGGUGUUAAUGAGCUCCGGCGGUUUCUCACCACAUGACACUCGCAGAUGUAUAUGAUGAAAGGGGCUUAUUAGUAUGCUGGAUAAGCGGCGGCUACAUGCCUCCGGUACUUCGCCAUGCACCCUCAUCUUUGUGGUCGUUUUGGCACUAACUGGAUGCUUCUCGUUUUGGAUUCACAUCGAUGGUUCAGGAUCGCCGAUUCCUUACUCCAGCGGCGGUGUGGCCGCGCCAGGAUAUAUCCUUAUAUUUCCCGGAAACGUCACACCCUCCACGCAGUCCUACUCAAUAAACGAACUUCCGUCCGAUGAUAAAUCCACGCUGAUCAACAUCACGGACUUUAGGUUCAUUAUGAACCACAAUCCCUGUAAUCGUACGCAGCCAUUGCUGUUAAUGUUGGUUCACUCGGCGCCAGGGAAUUUUCCGAAGAGGCAUGUCGUGCGGGAGACCUGGGGUCAACAAGCGCCGGACGUGACUUUAUUAUUUCUCGUGGGGUACUCAGAGAAAUAUCAAUCCAAACUCGAGAAGGAGAACGAGAAAUACCAAGACUUAAUACAGGGAAACUUUCUUGAUGCCUACAGAAACAUGACCUACAAGCACGUUAUGGGAUUAAAGUGGGCUACUUAUUAUUGUCCAAGUGCCAAAUAUAUUCUUAAAUUAGACGAUGACGUUUUUGUUCAUUUACCGGCCAUGCUGGACUUUCUAACGCAUGGCCUUUCGCCGUGGGGUGCAAGACGUCUGAUUCUCUGUGAUCUUCUGUCGGCUUCCGCAGUGAAGAGAUCCUGGCGUUCAAAAUGGCGCGUCUCUCCUCGGGAGUAUCCCGGUAGACUUUAUCCUGCAUAUUGUGCUGGAUGGGCGAUCCUAUACUCUCCCGAUAGUGUAUUUAUACUGUACCGCGAGGCUCAGAAAGAGCCGUACUUUUGGAUCGAUGACGUUCACAUUACCGGGACACUGGCUAGGAAAGUAAAUUUAACGCAAACCUCAUUACACUCUUGGGUGCUUACGACUGAGAGCAUGCGGGACCUGCUGUCGAAUCCGAACACUCGACGGGAUUUUUUGUUCGGGCCUCCGGAUCUAACGGAGAACGGAAUACGAGCCUUAUAUAGUCUGGUUACUAAACCACGGCCUAGCAGUGAAAGCCUAUUGAAUUAAACGUCUAAUAGAACAAUUUCGUUAUACUUGAUCGUCGUAACACGAGAACGGCGGAAAGAAAGAGAGAUACGAACAGCGAGUGUUCUUAUAUACUUUCUGCGUAUCUUAAUUCUAUAUGCAUUGCGAUAUGCCCUGUACAACAGUUCAACAUAAGUGUUCGAUUAUUUGCACAAUAUACAAACGCCAUAUUAUGUAUGAUACGUACGUAAUAAUGCGUUACAUGUGCAUAUGUGUAUAUAUGUACACACACACACACACACACACACGCAUAUACACACACAUACACACAUACACACACAGAGCGCAGCAAACACAUAUUACGAAAUUUACAAUUGUCUCAAACAAGAAAUGAAACGGGUAUAAUUUCGAUGAAUUUCUUUUAUUAUAGAUAUUAAGAGACACAUAAUUGUGUCUCGCGCUAAGUCAUGGUCAGAAAACAGCAAAGUGGAAAUUUGUACUUAUAUGCGACUCGUCUAGUGUAGAAUACUUCAAAUUAUCGCAUCAGAGUAAUGCCUGGACCGACCAAGUUCCUAAUAUUUGGAAAAGAUCCUUGUAUCGAUUGUUAUAUUUACAUGUCGCAAAUAACACAUAGGGAUCAAUAUCACUUACUCAAACUUGAUGGAAUGAUACCGGUUUCAAUUCCUGUAUUUAAUUAUUAUUUAUAUUCGAAAAAUACUCAAAUAUAGUGUAAAUUUACUCAAGAUUAUAUAUUUACUUAUCUACUAAAUUGAAAGGGUUUAUUUCUCUAUUCGAGACUGUUAAUCUAUAAUCAAGGCUUGUAAUUAAACGUUGUUUGAAAUAAAAUUAAUUUUGAAGGCGUGCACAAUUUUUUUACGCUUUAGAUUUCGGAAAUUGUUUAAAUUAUAAUUAUAUAAUUAUGACAUGGAGUAAACAGUUAUUUAUAGCACAAUUGCCAUAUCUGAUUUUUUAUGUACAGAUUGUAUUACUUUUUUCGUUUUAUCGUUAUGCAGUACACACGCACACAUACCGCACAUUUUUACAUUUUUGAAAUUUUAUUUGUAUUAUUUUUAAAUUUCUGCUUUAAAGUUGAGAAAAGAUCAUUUCGUAUAAAUUGAAGAUAUUUAUGUAAAAUUUUUUGCGAAUCCUGUCAAUUAUAUGUAUAUAAAGUAAUAAUUAUUCAAUUUACGCAAUAAAUUGCUUAUGAGCCCUGGUUAUUAAGUGAUAUAAAUUUAGUUAAAUUUAAUAUUUUAUACAAUCUCUAAAAUAUUAAUUUAUUAUUCUAAAAAGACAAAACAUCAGCUAUUUUUUUAUUUACACUUACAAAAAUGCCAUAGUAUGUAUAAAUGUGAGAAGGAUAAUACUAAUAUUAUAUUAGUAUUGAAAGGCGAAAGUUCUCUACGCGAAACUUACGUGUCUCGAAAACAUGCUCCUCUCGCAGUGAUAGAAAUUUGCGAGUGACGAGCAUGUUACUUUUAUUGUAAAUUUAACGGAAGUUCAUCGUGGAACCACAUUUGUGAAUGCACUUAAACAUAUUAACGUAUUAACAAGCAAAUUUUAAGAUAUUACAUUGUUACGCAAGAACAUUAACGAGUCGGAUUAAUAUUGUUACGUAGCAACAAGUACAACCCCAAAACAAGGGUCCAUUCGCAAUUAGAUACAGAGAUCGCAGAUAUUUGUCCGUUUUUGAACGUCUAUAAAUUUUUUAUGUAAAAAUCGGUUGGUCACCACGAUUGUAUCCGGUACUAUGAAAGUACGUGCCUGUAAACUCAAGUGUGAAAAUCAUGCUAGCUUUUAGUUACCGUGAUUCACUUAAGGUCAAUAGUCAACGUGAUAACGUUACUUCAUUGUACUCUUUUCUUUUUUCAUUUGAAAUACAACGAAUGCGGAAUAAAACGCAUAAUUCUACUCAUCAGCACCGUAUUGAGAACCGAAUUUCCUGUAAUGAUAUUAUAUAAUCAGGAAUAAAUUCGGGUUCCGUUGUCACUUCAAGUUUUCAUUCACAAUUUCUGGAACUGAGCUGUAUGUGUUUAUAUUGUAUUAUAACAUAAAGAAAUUGAUUAUUAGUUAUUAAAGGAUCUCACGCAUUA